CAAGACAAUCUCGGGAAAAACAUGUUUUUCAAAGCCAGGCUUGAUGAGGAGGAGGAUUCUGGCAUUAAAUCAGGUGGGGAAAUCAGCUUUGUUUUAAAUGUUUUUCAAACUGGCUUUGAUUGAACUACUGCUAUGCUUUCAGUUCGAAAUUCUCAAUCUGUCACCGGUUUGUUUAGCAAUUAUAUGUUAUGAAUAGUUUUGGCACACGUCACGGUUUGAAAGCUAUGUAUGUUAUUCAUUUGGCAGAAGCUGAUGAAAGUAAUGGAAGCCUUUCCUCUGAAGAGGACCUGGGCCACCUGGAUUAUUCGAAGACAUUUUCUGUCAAACAAACUGUGCCAAAGAAAAGCAUCAGUCAGAUCAUCAAGGACAAGAAGAAACAGACUCAACUUACUUUACAAUGGCUUGAGGAAAAUUACAUCGUUUGCGAAGGUGUUUGUCUGCCACGGUGCAUCCUCUACGCUCAUUAUUUAGACUUUUGUCGGAAGGAGAAAUUGGAUCCUGCUUGUGCUGCCACGUUUGGGAAGACCAUAAGGCAGAAAUUUCCUCUGCUUACAACAAGAAGGCUUGGAACCAGAGGCCAUUCGAAAUAUCAUUAUUAUGGUAUUGGAAUCAAGGAGAGCAGUGCGUAUUAUCACUCUGUGUACUCUGGAAAAGGUUUGACACGAUUCUCUGGAAGCAAGCUAAAAAAUGAGGGAGGAUUCACCAGAAAAUACUCUCUUAGUUCUAAAACAGGAACACUUUUACCUGAAUUCCCGAGUGCACAGCAUUUAGUGCUUCAGGAGUCUGUUUCAAAAGAUAAGGUCGACACAUUGAUUAUGAUGUACAAAACCCACUGUCAGUGCAUUCUGGACAAUGCCAUUAAUGUCAACUUUGAGGAGAUCCAGAACUUUCUACUUCACUUCUGGCAAGGAAUGCCUGAACAUCUCCUGCCACUGCUAGAGAAUCCGGUUAUCGUGGACAUCUUCUGUGUGUGUGACUCUAUACUCUACAAAGUUUUGACUGAUGUCCUCAUCCCUGCUACAAUGCAGGAUAUGCCAGAGAGUCUUUUGGCAGAUAUUCGAAAUUUUGCCAAGCACUGGGAACACUGGAUGGUGUCUUCCUUAGAGAAUCUUCCGGAAAUCCUCUCGGAAAAGAAACUGCCGAUAGCGCGACAAUUUGUGUCUUCCUUAAAGAGACAGACCUCCUUUUUACAUCUUGCACAGAUUGCAAGACCUGCACUUUUUGACCAGAACGUAGUGACUUCUAUGGUGAAUGACAUUGAUAAGGUGGAUCUGAACAGUAUUGGUUCUCAGGCACUCCUUUCAGUUACAAAUGACCAAGAUUCAGACUUCUACUCUGAAUAUGACUCAAUUUCAGUCUUUCAAGAGUUGAAAGACCUCCUGAGGAAAAACGCCACGGUAGAGUCUUUCAUUGAAUGGCUGGACUCGGUGGUUGAGCAGAAAGUUAUUAAGCCCAGCAAACAAAAUGGUCGGUCAGUGAAGAAGCGAGCUCAAGAUUUCCUUCUGAAGUGGAGUUUUUUUGGAGCACGAGUGAUGCACAAUCUCACCCUAAACAACGCUACUAGCUUUGGCUCGUUCCAUCUCAUUCGGAUGCUUUUGGAUGAGUACAUCCUGCUAGCCAUUGAAACUCAAUUCAACAAUGACAAAGAGCAAGACCUUCAGAAUCUACUGGAGAAAUACAUGAGGAGUGCAGAUGCUAGUAAGGCUACUUUUACCGCCUCACCAAGUUCCUGUUUCUUGGCCAAUCGGAAUAAAUCCGGUGUGGUGUCCAGUGAUUCAACUGUCAAGGACGAGAUCCCACCGGAACAUGACUUCCUGUCGCUCACAGCUGCACAGCAGGGGCCCGGGACCAGUUCUGUUGUGUACCAUAGUACCGAUCCAGACAACUUCACUAUAUCUGGUCAAAUAGAUUACUUGCAGAACAGUGCCCCCCUGAUGACCCCUCCGAUCUCUCCUGCCAUGAUCAACCGCAGCAGCGUGAUCAACCAGGGCCCGAUGGCUGUGAGGCCACAGAGCAGCUGCCCCAUCCAGCCCCAAAUGUCCUGCCAGAGCUUCUCCGACAGCAUGUACCAGAGUCUGCACAAUGCUAGUUCAGGCUCCUAUCCCAGCUCGUCUUACUACCAGCCUGCAUUCAGAGCUCAGACUCACACUCCAACAUCAGCCUAUCAGGCUCGUGCUGAAUACGCACCCUUCUCUGGACACCAGCUGACCAAAGACUGCUUCAGCAGCAGCUGCACCGUGUCUCCCUACAGCUCAAGGGCUGCAGCCACUGCAUACGCAGCCUCAGGGGACCCUGUGAUGGAUACUGAGGGCGUACAGCUGCUGGACUCAGUCUACAGCUUUGGAGGAAGUGCUGCCAGUGGAGAUGGAUGUUCAGGUCCAGUUUGCAGCUCUGGGCACAAUGGAUAUUACAGCAGCAGCGGGUAUGUGGACACUCAGAGGAUGGGCACGUUUAUCGAUCAGCAUGUGUCCGUUAUCAGCAGCGUGAGCAGCAUUCGCGCCGUUUCGGCCUAUGCUGAAGUACACGACCCUCUCAACAUCCUGGACGACACAAGCAGGAAGACAGCAAGACCCUACUAUACGGACCUGUCCGAAAUGGGCACACACACAGCAGGAUCCAGCAUUGCUCGUUCCUGCUCCGUCUCGACACCCUGCAUGUAUGGAACUCCUGCUCCUUAUCACUCCCAGAAUGCACUGCUGCCUCUCCAGGGGACCACCGAGAUCAGAGAAAUGGUGUCGUCUCUGCCCCCCAUUAACACUGUGUUCAUGGGGUCAACUGGAGGGCUGUCCUGACUGAAACCUUAUCUGUAAUUCAACAUCUUUGCUGUACUCACAGAAGGUGAGGCAUCUUUUAGCCUAUCUGUAUUUUUCUUUGCCAAUUACAUUGCAAAAAGACUAAUUGAUUCACAAAAUGUUUCUUUCUUUUUGCUAACAGUUAGGAUUAUGACAGGUAAUGGCCCAAUUAUAUUUUAUUUAAGGUUUUGUAGUAUAUUAGAGAAUACAGUUUCAUUAUUGUUCUUGAUUUGGCUUUCUUGAAUAAAUAUAAUUUUUGCUUUAUUU